GGAGGCAAAGGCAGCCUCACACCGUGCUGAAGUUGAGUUCGGGCAGUCCUACCGUCCUGUUCACAGUUUGAGCUCAAAACCCAGGAAGUCAAAAUGUGCAAGGGACUAGCAGCCCUGCCCCACUCCUGCCUGGAAAGGGCCAAGGAGAUCAAGACUAAGUUGGGCACUCUCCUGCAGAAGCCUGAUACAACCAUCGACUUCAUCAUACCAUAUCCUGAUAAGCCAGAAAAGCCUGUGAAGACCCAAAAGCCUUCACCAGAAGAGGCUCUACAGUGGCGUGAUUCCCUGGAGAAGCUUCUGCAGAACAACUAUGGACUUACCAGCUUCAAGAGCUUCCUGAAAUCUGAGUUCAGUGAGGAGAACAUUGAGUUCUGGAUUGCCUGUGAGGACUAUAAGAAGACCAAGUCACCCAUCAAGAUGGCUGAGAAGGCAAAGAAAAUUUAUGAAGAAUUCAUCCGAGAUGAGGCUCCUAAAGAGGUGAACAUCGACCAUUUCACUAAGGCUGUGACCAUGAAGAACCUGGUGGAACCUUCACCAAGUAGCUUUGACAUGGCCCAAAAGAGAAUCCAUGCCCUGAUGGAGAAGGAUUCCCUGCCGAGAUUCAUCCGGUCGGAGUUUUAUCAGGAACUGAUAAAGUAGCAAUGUGAAAGGCAUCUUGGGAGUCUUUUCCCCUCAGUAGCAACCUCUCUCUUUCUUUCCAGUAACCUACAAAGUUUUCCAUAGUAGCCCUACCCUGAAGAUUACCCAACCUGAAAACAUCCAGGUGGUGUUGCUAAGAUAUUUUUUCCCACAUUGUUUUGGAUAUACUCAAGUUUGACCAGUGUUCCCUCUUUCACGAAGUCAUAAAAUUCCAGAAUCUCAGGAUUGGAAGGUACCCACAGAGACUGUCCAGUCAGUGCAGACCUGAAUGAAGAUCCUUUCCACGACAUUCUUGAGGGUUGUCAUCCAGCCUCUUCUCUUCUUGCAUGAAUAGGACAUAGAGCCUCAUCAUCCACUCAGAUCAGUCAUGCAAUGUACUGAAAGUUUCCCCAUGUCAGAAGAAAAGCAAGGGGAGAUGAAGAGAAUCAAAUGUAAUGAAGGAUGUGGGCAAAUCCAGUUUAGAUAAUGCAACCAAAUGAUUACAAACUAGGCUGACAACAGACCUAAUUCUAUAAAGCCAUUUAAGGGGUAAUCAAAGAGAUUUUAGUUGUUGUUGUCAUGACCGGAGGGAAUGAGAAUGCCAGAAUGAGUAUGAUUACUUCUUCAGGCAUUCCUGAACCAUCAUUUCUGUCUAGGAAGAGGCAGAGAUCUUGUGAAGUAGCCCACUCUUUAUUUUCCUAAGCAGAUACUAUUUAAGUUAUUGAAAGAAAGUAUGGUGCACUGGCUACAGAGCCAGCUUUGGACUCUCAAAGACCAUGGUUCAAGACCUACUUCAAACACACACAAAAAAGUCACUUAAGUUUUCAGAGGGACAGGCAACUUUCUUAGAUUACAAAUUACUGAACAAGUGGUGAUCUGUUUUUAUAGAGAUCUCUUGCUAAGUAAAAUGAUAGGUUUGGUUUUUUUAAAUCUUCAUGGAGGCUAAAAGUUAAAAAAUACUAUUAUCAAUAAUUUAUGUCCAUAUAAAAACAGUCUAACAGUUCUAGAGUUCUCACUUUUUUGCUUACAAAGACAAGACUACAUUAUACUGUACAACAUCAGUCCUAUAGUGAUACUGUGGUCUUGUAUUAGUCCAGGUCUUGGCUCAAAAGAUGAUUUUUCAAGUCGCUUUCAGUACAUUGGAAAAUUGAAAUUUCUAAAACUGCUAACACCAACUUGUGCAAAAUAAAAUGUACUCCUAUUCAGUCUGAUUGUCAAGUGGAUGACUGGGGCAGAAUUCAGAACCAACUUGUGAUCCAAUGACAUGAGAAAUAGUAUAGAUGGGGAGAAAUGGGAAAUGCUCCAACUAUAACAAUUAUUCCAUGGCCAAGUCCUUGGGGUGGCCAGCCCUCAUUCUAACCAUGCUUGCGACCUUGAGUAAAUGAAAACAGUGGUAAUACCACUUUAUUCUAUGAGAAAAAGAUAAAGAUCCCAGGUACCCCCUUCCUUCACACGCACACACACAUACACCAAAUGGAAUAUUUUCACAGAAUACUUAACCUCCCUUGGUUGAGCAAUUGUUCUACACCUAGAAAAAGGGGAGAAGUAUCUAAAAACUCCAAAAUAUGUUGACCUACCUAAGAUAUAUAAAUAUUUCCCAAUAUCAUCAUAGUUAAUUAUUAAGAAAUAGCAUUAUCUUUCAGCCACCCUGAUUUACUUUGGGAAAAGUUACAAUGGCUAUCCCUAGAGCUAUAGUGAAAUGGAGUAGCCAGUAUUUUCCAAAACAAUGUGGUCUUUUAGCAACCCAAAUUCUUUCCCCAGUUUCUGCUAUCAGCUUUAGUGAACUCAUAAUUCCAGUAGCCAUACAAGCCCCCAAGAUGCCUGAUAUAGCCCUUAACUCAUGGUACCAAGGUAUUUUGUGGUAUGUUUGUACUCUUGUGUAUUUUAGUAUGGUAAGCAACCUUGUUCUAUUUCUUUCCCCUGUAGUAGAUUUGCCAAAAUUAUCUUUCUUUAAAUUGUUGUGACAUAGAAAUGAAUCUGAAAGUCUGAGCAUAUUUAAAUCAUAUCUUUGAACAAACUUGUCAGGUUUUGAUGGUGAAUUUCACUCAGAGAAGAAGGGUUCUGAUGCUAGAUGGAGUAAAAUGUAUGUCACACUUAAAGCAGAAAGAAUAAAUGGUUUAGUUUCCAGGAAUCUAUUUCCCCUUUCCCAUCCCUUUUUUUGUUUGUUUUUGUAUUUAUCAGUCCUCUAUUUCCAUAAGAUUAUUACUCCUUAAUUCAAUUGUUUCUUAAGGAGAGUGGAAGAAUUAUCCCAGUAUUAUCCUGUGCUUUAAGACAAAGCUAACCCGAAUGCUAAUGUAUGCCAAGGCAGAAUUUUCACAGGAUACUUUAUCUCUCCUGAUGAGCCAUUGCUUCACAUCUAGCAAAUGUCAAGGUGGAGGGGGAUGAGGUAGGUAGAAUAGCCAAAAGUCACUGCCCACAGUUUCCUUCAUGUCUGCUAUGAAUCUGUCAUCCUGGAUCAGGUGCUCACUUCUGAUAACGAUCAAUGACACAGUAGAGAAUGACUCUGUGUCUAAAUAGCUGUGUCUGUCCAUGAACCUUCCACUUUUCCUGGUGUCACGAUUUGUAUAGCAAUUUGUUCCAACAGCUCAGGCAAUCAGGAUUUUAUUCAAUGGCUUUAAAAAAAAGAUUUUCAAUGAGAAUGUGAAGCCUAGGGUUGGACAAUUACUUGUUGAGUGGGUAGUGUAGACCAACCACAGGAAAAAAAAGCCCAAGGAAGACUUACUGGCCCACAAUUUUCAGAGUAGCUGUCAACACAGACAAAAACAAAAAAAAUGGAAAAAUGUGACAGCUUCUUGGGCUGUGCGGUUCAGGCCUUCAUGGUGGGGGUGAGGGAAAGUGGGACCCUCUUUGACAACCUGAAGUCUUAAAAAGACUGAGGAGAUUUGGAGACUAGUUUUAAUUGUGUCAAAAUGUCCACAAAAAUGAAAAAAAACAAUUCAGCCAAAAAUCCAUAUAUUUUGUUUAGAAUGCAUCACAUGUCCUGCCAUCUGAAUUUAUCUGGAACCUUAAUUUUUAGUCUUUCUGCAUCUGUUUGGGGUCACACAGGCAGAGCUUGAGAGUUCUCAGCAUAGAUGAUGGCUCAGGACGAUGGUGUAGGAUUGUUGGAGAGAAGGGUAAGAACUAUCUUCUAUAGAGUUUUGCCUGAACUGCAUCAGCAGGAGGACAAGGCUCGAAAAGUAUGUCUGUCUCCAAGCCCAUCAAGCCAGCUCUCUUCAGAAGACACCCCCAAAUUAAAUGUGGUAACGUUUUUAAAUGUCAGACAGACAUCCUCCUAAUAGAUGAAGUAACUAGAAAAGACCAUAAACAAGAAAAAAGGCUGAAACUCAAAUUAGCAGAAACUAAGUUCUUUUAAAUCUCUGAAGAAACUUAUCUGAGAAUCUCUUUUAUUUAAAGAAUUUGACAAAAAGAGUAUUUACCAGAAAAUCCCUGUGUUGCAAGUGGUUUCCAUAGAAACACAAUGAAAAUAAUUUCUUUUUCUGGGGAGCAGGAGGAGUUGGGAUAUUUAUUCCAGAAUUUUUUUUAAAAAAUGUAAUAGUCUUGUAUCUUUUCCCUUGAGCAAAUUGCCUGGGAAAAUAUGAGACUUAAUGACAAGGGAGCACUGUGGUGCUUCCAUUUUCCUUCCUUGUGAAAAUUUAACUGCUGCUGUAAGUUGGCUUGGGCUGUGUGAGGUUGUGGAUGGUGGAGGAGGCAAACAGCGCUCAACAGAAAAUAGGGAACAUGUUUCUCAUCCCUGGCAAAAAAAGUGAAGAGUAGCCCAGGAAACUAGGCCUUUUACUGACUGGAUUUGCUGUGGGUUUGAGUUGGGUCAGAACAUGAGGUGAGGCAGAGCUGGGACAAAGAAAUGGGACAAUGAUUAUGAAGUAAAAUCCAGGUUCUGUUGUUCCCAUUUGUUUGCUGUAAGUAGGCAUGGACAUAUUCAUGAGUGGAGACACAUAGAAACACAUUGUUUCUCUCUCUCUCUCUCUCUCUCACUCACUCUCUCUCUCUCUUUCUCUCUCUCAUUUGAAUUCCCAGAUAGAGAUGCUGUGAAAGGGGUGGGGUUCCAUUUUCAGAGAAGUAAAGGCAAUUUAGCCCAGCCAAAAAAGAGCUGAAUGAAAUUAUAAAUGGAGUUUGGGCCUCUUUCUCCCACUUCGGUUAUAUCCUGGACAGAUAAGGUCGCCUGAUCAAUAUGAUUGGAAGGGACAGAUUGAAACUUGGUGCUAAAAGUAGCUUUUAUAUAGUUUCUCUAUCUUUCCUCCAAAUAAGCUCAGUGUAUACAAAACUGAGGUUGAGAUGAAGAUGGCAGUUGACAAGUUGUGAUGUAUGAAAAUAAUGUGAUUCUCCUUUUCUCUAAGUUAAGAUUCCCUGAUUCCAGCUCAUUCAAUACAGUACCAACUAAAUGUCUCUAUUUGUGUACCUUUCAUUUUCCAUUUUCUGUAAAAUUAGAGCUUCUAUCUAAUAUGCAUACAAGCAAGACCAUUUAUUCCCAUGCCUCUGAUAAAAUUGAACCACCCACAGAAUCUCCCACCAAUUCAAUUAUGGGGCCAAUGUUGAAGCAAUCUGACAUGGAUUGUGAUGUCACUCAUAGUUUAGGCUAGCCAAAGCCUUCCAGCUUCGAGGCACCAGAGCUAGCCUGUUUCUGGGGAACAGAUACAUUCUGAUACAAUCAUUUUGGCUAUGUUCUAUCCCUCAUCCUCUGCUCAGUGCUAUGAGGACUGUGUGACUGACCAAUGUGUUCUCCCUUCCUCCUCCUGAAUAUUUAAUCUGCCUAGGCUGCAUUUUUUAAAAGAAUCUUAAAAAUCAUUAAUUUCAUCAUUGUAUGACAUUUGAUCAUCUUGUUGGCCAAGAAUGUCUAAGGAAAAGAACUUCCUUCUACAAAAAUGUUCUAUCUAGCUGCAUUUGGCCCCACUCCUCCUGGCAGACAGGGGUGAGCUAGGGAGAAGUGUGCCAGACAUAAGUGUCCACAUCCAUUAAAGAGAAUCAAAGCUGCAUGCUAAGUUCUUCUCCCAAAUCACCAAGAAAAAAAAUACUCCUAUUGGCUAGGGAACAAUUUUGAACAAGCCAUCAGACCCUGAUUUAUACAAAGCCCAAAUAUCUGCCCGCUGCCACUUUUCAGAUUGUUUGGAAGGCACUUGUUCUUAAUAAUCAGUACCCUUCGGUUCAUUGAAUGAUGGAAAAGUGGCUAGAUGGGAACUGCAAUUUAAGUCUAGUCAGGCCUCUGAUUACAGUAAAGAAUAGCUGGGGCCAGGUAUUCAUUCCUGUUGGUCUGGAGUGAGCUAGGAAGGCAAUAGCUUGGACUGGAGAAGUUGGGGAGUUUCCAUGACCCAAGGAGUCCGAACCCCAAGAGCCUGCUAACUCUUUGAGGGUUCAUGGCUUGGGAUAAUAGUGAAACUCAUCAAUGCCCUGAAUGCGAUUGUCAUGUAGUUGCACCUGGAGUAAGCCAAGCUCACUUUUCACUUCAAUCAUCCUCUUGAAGCUGUUGGUGGUAAAUGCAUCCCUCUUUUCCAGGAGGCAAGUCUGGGGCUUGCCAGAGGGGCUUAUCCUUAAGACAUCUAAUGUUUCAUCUGAAAUAAGGUUCUUAAAACUGAAUGGAAGCCUGCAUAAGUUUUUAAGAGAAACAAAAUCCAAAAUAAAAAAGCAAAGACUUUAGAAACUUUAAUUUUGCUGUUUAAUAUUAAUCCAUUUACUCUUUGACUUUUUGCUGAACAAACUAUCAGUACAAUCCCCAACAUGCAUGACCAAUUUAAAUUAGUUCCUUGAAGGGUAUGUAUCCAUCUUCCUUGCCUGAAGCUUCUUGUUUCUUCUCCAAAACUGCCCUUGCCCUCCAACCUGGCCCCUGGCAAAAGGAAAUAGAGACAGUGGAUAGGAACUAGCUGUCUGGAGGAGAAAAUGGGCAACUUUAAAGACCUUUGUUACUGUGAAGGAAAAAGUUAAAAGUUACACUGACAAAGGCAGAAUGGAGGGUUGGAGAAUUUGACAGUGGCUCAGAACAAUAGAAUCAGGUCAUCCUGAUAAAUUUGAUUAAAAGGGCAUUUCCCCUUCCUCAAAAGCAGGACUUAGGGGGAGGGGUGGUGCCCAAUUUGAUAUUUACCUCAACUCUCAAUUUUACUUUCCUUUUAGUUCAUACCAUCCUAGUAUUUGGGAAGGCGUUUGGAAACCUAUGAUCUGACUAUGAUCCAAUGGCUGUCUACUGCAGGGACAUUUGUAUUUUCCUUCUUAUUUUCUUAUCCAAUUUUGUUAUCCAGUUUGUGUAACCUGACAUAUUGUGAUGAAUAAAACAACGAAAAUGUAUUGUGUAACCAUUAUCACAUAUAUUAUACAUUAAAUUCACAUCUGUAUGUUAACAUUA